UUCCGUCCCUUUUAUUCUCAUCCCAUCUUAUUUAUUCGUAUUCUCUCCUUCCUCUUUCCAUUUCUUCUCUUCACACGCUUUUUAUUGUUGACUGAUAUAUCAUCGUACCUGACGAUCUAUCUUUUGCGCGACUCCAAGAUCCACCUCCUAUCCACUGUCGCAUAGCGCUUCACUCAACCACUACAAUGGCCUUCAAGCAAGACGCACCUCCUCCGGCUUACGGACCUCCUCCAGGUGCUCCUCAACCUACAUAUGGCGGUUACCAGCAAGAUCCUUACCAGCAGGGCGGCGCGCCUCCUCCUCAAGGAUACUACCAGCAAGCUCCUCCUCAGAUGGGCUACCCUCAACAACAAGGACCCUUUCCCGCCGGCCAAGGCCCUUAUCCUCCUCAGCAGGGCCCCUACGGUCAGCCUCCCCCUCAGGGCUACUAUCCCCACGAUGAUCAAAGAGGAAACGGUGGUGGUGGCGGCGGUCUCAUGACCGGUCUUCUCGCUGGUCUUGCAUGCUGUUGUUGUUUGGACUGCCUCUUCUAAGCGUCAAUCUGACUUAUUACUCGAUAUCACCGCCGCCGAUAAACGGAUCUACAAAAUACGAAAUGUUGGAGGAUUCGACUCCUCUCCAGCAGGCAAGGGAAUGACCUGCGACGAGCGUGUGGCGCAUCAGGCAAUGGGAAUGGUUUCCUGUUUUCAUGGCGUUGGGGUUUCUUUAAUUUCACACAUCUUAUUCUACGUUAGGUGUUUCUUUGUUUGUUCGAUACCUAGAAUACGAUAAUCACAUAAUGUUCCGUCCUA